AUGCUUAUCCCAUACAUUCUUACCUUUACUACCAUAGUUCUGUGCGUAGAUGCACAUCAACCUGCGGAGUUGUUUGAUGCCUUCGAGGAAUUUAUUGCUGGAUUACUGCAGCCUUGGUCUAUAGUGGCUUCAGGAAAUAGCUCGGCGGUGUCGCCAGACGUUAUUGGCCGAGUCAACAUGAUGAUGACGUUAAACGGCAUUGAGAGUAAUACUGGUAGGCCCUAA